UGAUAUUCUCACAUCAUCACCGAUCUUCUCUCUCUUUUCUUUGGUGACCUCAAUAGCUGAACAUUCUCUUCUAUAGUCUCCAUCAGUUGCUGGUAGAGGUUACCUCCUCUAUCUCUCUCCCUCUCAAAAGCAUAGCUUGAGCCAUUAUACGCCCCCCUUUCUUCGUGCAAAGCUUUUCCUGCAAUCAAUCUCCCACUUAAACGAGACCACAGAGAGAGCGAGAGAGAGAGAGAGAGAGAGAGAGAUUAGUAGCGCAUGUGUGUGCCUCUACUCAUUUUCAUCUCCUUGCUUCUUAUUUAACCCUAUCUCUUUUCUCUUCCCCAAUCUUCAAGUACCUUUCCUUCCCUUUUCCCUUUCGCAGCCCCUUUCUAUUCCUUUCCUCGGGAUCUGAUCAUUCCCUUCUCUUUUAGUCUCUUUGGACAACUACUAGACAUUCCAUCAAUCAAGAUUACAGGUAGUUGGGGAUUCAGUUCAAUUCCCGAGGAUCACUUUUAUUGCGUUCUUCUUUCUUGUUUGUUUGUGUUCCUUCUUUCUUUCUGUGUUUUUUUUUGUCUGGUUCCGUUUCCUUGUUAAAAAGGUAAAAGUGGAAGUGAUCACAAACGCUAGCUUAAAGUGUCUCUUGAGCUUAUUGGUGGGUUCGAGUUUGGAUUCAUUAGCAACCAGAUCUAGCAGGGAUUUCUUACUUGGCAAGAGUGCAUUCUAUCUAGAGGAUUUUCAAGUUUAAAUCUUCAGUUCUUGGAGGAGAUGAAUACCUUCUCGCAUGUCCCCCCGGGCUUUAGAUUCCAUCCAACAGAUGAAGAACUUGUUGAUUACUACCUUAGGAAAAAAGUCGCUUCAAAAAGAAUUGACCUCGAUGUCAUUAAGGAUGUUGAUCUCUAUAAAAUUGAACCAUGGGAUCUUCAAGAAUUGUGCAAACUCGGGACUGAAGAUCAAAAUGAAUGGUACUUCUUCAGCCAUAAAGAUAAGAAGUAUCCUACUGGAACUCGCACUAAUAGAGCGACAAAAGCUGGGUUUUGGAAAGCUACUGGAAGAGACAAGGCUAUCUACUCUAGGCAUAGCUUGGUUGGCAUGAGAAAAACCCUAGUGUUUUACAAAGGACGAGCUCCAAAUGGACAAAAGUCAGAUUGGAUCAUGCAUGAAUAUCGACUAGAAACAAAUGAAAAUGGAAUUCCCCAGGAAGAAGGAUGGGUUGUCUGUAGGGUGUUCAAGAAGCGAAUGCCGACAAUGAGAAAAGUUGGUGACUAUGACUCACCAUGUUGGUAUGAUGACCAGGUUUCAUUCAUGCCAGAAAUUGAUUCUCCAAGGCGAAUAUCUCAACCUUACGCACCAUACCAUCAUCACUAUCAUUGCAAGCAAGAACUUGAGUUGCAAUACAAUAUGCCUCAUGACCCUUUCCUCCAGCUUCCUCAAUUAGAAAGCCCAAAAGUUCCACAAUCAGCAGCAACUGCGAGUUGUAAUUCAGUUAUUGCAUAUGGUUUUGACAGGACCAAUGGGAACACCUUGCAGUCAUCUACCCUUACACAAGAAGAAAAAAUGCAGCAAUGCCAUCAACAAAAUUUAAACUCACUUCACAAUAACAAUAAUAGUGAGCAAGCUGUAGACCAAGUGACUGAUUGGCGAGUCCUUGACAAAUUUGUUGCUUCCCAGUUAAGUCAUGAGGAUGUCUCCAAGGGAACCAAUAACUUCUCCAGUACAGCCACCUUUAAUGCAGCCGAGCAGAUGAACAUGCUUGCCAACGAAUCCAAAAGGUCAGAAAUUGCACAGCAAUAUGCCUCGACGUCUACGUCAAGUUGCCAAAUUGAUCUAUGGAAGUGAACGCAUAUAAUAAUGAUUAAUUACUAGAAGAUGCAUAAUGAUUAUAGGAACUGCACUUAUUAUGGAAAAAGGGCAUGUUCCAAGUUUCUGUACAUAAUAAAACUGAAAUGGUAUUGUCGUAGCUAUGGACUUUCUGUGUCCAUACCGAUGAAUGCUAGGUUACUAGUUAGAGAACAAAUGCCAAGAAAAAAUAAGCUAGUACCUUCAGGUGGACUGUAUAGUUGAGAUUUGUUGGAAUUCACUCAGCUAUUGAAUGUCGGAUGUAUCUUUUCUUCAAUUUGCAUUUGAAGGGUUGUGAUUGUAAUGGUCCUUUUCUAUUUGGAUAAUCUCUGUAGGUUCAAUCGAUCCUAGCAUUAAGGUGUCUGUUUUAAUCUCCCCUUCAGUUUUCACA